AACAUCUUCUUGUUCUUAAUUAUAGAGCCAAGGGCUACUAAAUUUGGUAUGUUGUGAUAUCUAAUAGUUCUCUACCAAAUUUGCUCAAAUUAUUCCCCAGGGCUCAAAUUUGACCCUGUCCCGGGAUGUCACAAAACUGAACAUAUGACGUUUACCAGGGGAGAUAACUGCGGCCGUGUGGCUGUGACCAACAACAACAACAUCUUGUAAACAUGAGAUAAAACCCUGUCAUUUAGUACCAUUUUAGAUCAGAUGGUGACUGCUUACAAAGGAAUUGAAACUCAAUAGGGAUUCUCACUAGAGGAAGAUCAGGAGCAAAAGCACAAUACAAUUCACAUUUCAACACACCAUUACUGAGCCACACACUUAGAUUUACAGUGGUCUGUCAGGAGGUCAAAAUCUCACAAAAAUGAAAGUCAGAUUGGAAGAACUACUUUCUCAACUGGGAAAUCCUGGAAAGUAUCAGAUAGUGAUAUUCCUACUUCUGUGCCUGAAUUAUUGUCCCCUGGUGUUCAACCAUGUUAUCAUGGCUUUCUAUGGAGCAACCCCAAAGCAUCAAUGCCAUUCAAACGAAUUUUGGACUGGUUCCGGACUGAAAAGCGUUGAGGAUUUUAGCAUGAUUAAACCAGUCUACAAUUCAAGUGCAGGGGAGGAGUUGUUGGGUGCUUUUGGAAGCUGUAGCUCUUCCUACAUGGUUCCUGGUUUUGCCAAUAUAACAGUUUCCUGCCCUAAAAGUCCUGAGAGUGUGGUUGUGUACAUGAAAGGACCAGCGUCGCAGUCAAUUGUGACUGAGUGGGACCUGGUAUGCAGCGACACCUACCUGUCGUCAUUGGCGACCACCAUAUAUUUCUGCGGCGUCAUGCUUGGUGGACUGGUAUUUGGCCAUCUUGCUGACAAGUUUGGACGUAAACCAGUCAUGCUGUUCACUCUGUUCUUCCCCAUACUGGUUGGCAUAGCAACUGCCUUUGUGCCUUGGUAUGCUGGCUUUGUAACCCUGAGGUUCAUACAGGGUGUUCUCAUGCAGGGGCUGCAGACGUCCACUUACACUCUUGCUAUGGAAUUAUUCCUGCCCCGACACCGUAGCUAUGCCGGCGCCAUUCUAGAAUGCUUCUGGGGCCUCAGUGUGAUGGUAAUCCCCCUCCUGGCCUACCUGCUGCCCAACUGGCGCCACCUACAGCUCGUCAUCACACUACCCAGUAUCCUGGCUGUCAUGUACAUAUGCAUCAUACCAGAAUCUCUGCGCUGGCUGAUACUGACUAAACACAUUGAACGGGCUGAAGCUCUUGUUGCCAAGGUAACAAAGUUCAACAAACUGGAGUUCCCAGAAAACUAUUGGAACGAUGUGAAGAUGCAGCUAGAGGCGGCAGAUGGUGACAACAAGCAGUAUUCGGCCAUUGAUUUAAUGAGGACUCCAAGGCUACGACAUAGAAGUUUGGUCCUUUUCUACCUCUGGUUUGCAAUCUCUAUUGGUUACUAUGGGUUGACAUGGCAACUGACCAGUCUCCCUGGCAACAAGUUCCUCAACUUCUUCAUUGCUGGGGCCGUGGAGUUUGUGGCAUACACCUUAGUCAUUUUCAUCACAGGCCGGUUUGGUAGGAAGCGUCCACUGAUGGUGUACUUCAUGCUUGCCUCAGUAUUCAUGAUUGGGGCUGGAGUUAUCCCCCUUACUGUGCAAGGCAGUCAGGUUGCCAUGGUAUCAAGCGGUCUCGCUAUUGCUGGAAAGUUUGCCAUGGGUGGACUGUUUAGCGUGAUAUUCCUGUACACAUCUGAGCUCUACCCAACCAUUAUAAGGAACAUUGGAAUGGGCAGCUGUGCCUUUUGGACCAGGGUUGGAGGGGUACUUGCACCCCAAAUGAUUGUUCUGGGUCAGGUGGGUACCGGUAUGAAGUCACUGCCCCUGGUCUUGUUUGGACUGGUAACCCUGCUGGGGGGCUUCCUUACACUCUUGCUGCCAGAGACGCUUGGCUGCAAGCUGCCAGACAACAUUGAUGACAUAGAGGGCAGCACUUUGUCACAUGACACUGUGGUGUCUGCUGAGGAAAUGAAGCAGAUCAAUGUAGACCAAGAAAAGCCAGAAAGUGUAUAGGUUUACUGCAAUUUUGUUGGAAUGUGUAGGACUAAAAUCAGAUGUGUGUAUUUGAUUGAUGUUUUUUAUGGUAUCUUAAUAAUUUUUUGUUAAAUUGAAGGUACAUUAUGUUUAGGAUGCGUGUGUUUCUGUUUGUUUUUUUAUGCAAAUAUUGUGCAGCAAUGUUUUAUACAAUUAUCUUCUAUUUAGAUAUUAAUGUCAUUCAAGAGAUUUUCAACUUUGUUAUUUGUAAAUUUAUCAAUAUUUAAGAUAGCUGUCAUUUUGUACUUUUCUUUUAAUGACAGCAUAAUGUCCAAAACAUUUUUAGCUCACCUGAGCACAACGUGCUCAUGGUGAGCUUUUGUGAUCACCUUUUGUCCUUCGUCCGUAGUCCGUUGUCCGUCGUGCGUUGUCCGUUGUGCGACGUCAACAUUUGCCUUGUUCACUCUCUAGAGGCCACAUUUAUUUCCAAUCUUCAUGAAAUUUGGUCAGAAGAUUGGUUUUAAUGAUAUCUUGGAUGAGUUCGAAAAUGGUUACGUUUGCUUGAAAAACAUGGCUGCCAAGGGGCGGGGCAUUUUUCCUUAUAUGGCUAUAUAUGGCUAUAGUAAAAUCUUGUUAACACUCUAGAGGCCACAUUUAUUGUCUGAUCUUCAUGAAACAUGGUCAGAAGAUUCAUCCCAAUAAUAUCUUGGACGAGUUCGAAAAUGAUGCCGGUUGGUUGAAAAACAUGGCCGCCAUGGGGCGGGGCAUUUUUCCUUAUAUGGCUAUAGUAAAACCUUGUUAACACUCUAGAGGCCACAUUUAUUUUCCGAUCUUCAUGAAACUUGCUCAAACAUUUUUUCCUACUGAUAUCUUUGAUAAGUUCAAAAAUGGUAAACUUUGCUUGAAAAACAUGGCUGCCAAGGGGCGGCGCAUUUAUCCUAAUAUGGCUAUACAUGGCUUUAGUAAAAUCUUGUUGACACUCUAGAGGCCACAUUUAUUGUACAAUCUUAAUGAAACCUGGUCAGAAGAUUCAUCCCAAUAAUAUCUUGGACGAGUUCGAAAAUGAUGCCGGUUGGUUGAAAAACAUGGCCGCCAGGGGGCAGGGCAUUUUUCCUUAAAUGGCUUUAGUAAAACCUUGUUAACACUCUAGAGGCCACAUUUAUUGUCCAAUCUUGAUGAAAUUUGGUCAGAAGAUUUGUCUUAAUGAUAUCUUGGAUGAGUUUGAAAAUGGUUACGUUUGCUUGAAUAACAUGGCCGCCAAGGGGCAGGGCAUUUUUCCUUAUAUGGCUAUAUAAGGCUAUAGUAAAAUCUUGUUAACACUCUAGAGGCCACAUUUAUAGUCGAUCUCCAUGAAACUCGGUCAGAAGAUUCAUCCCAAUAAUAUCUUGGACGAGUUUAAAAAUGAUGCCGGUUGGUUGAAAAACAUGGCCACCACAGGGGUGGGGCUAUUUUCAUUAUAAGGCUAUAGUAAAACCUUGUCAACACUCUAGAGGUCACAUUUAUUUUCCGAUCAUCAUGAAACUUGGUCAGAAGAUUUGUCCCAAUGAUAUCUUGGAUGAGUUUUUGCUUGAAAAAAAAGGCUUCCGAGGGGCGGGGCAUUUUUCCUUAUAUGGCUAUAGUAAAAUCUUGUUAACACUCUAGUGGCCACAUCUAUAGUCCGAUCUUCAUGAAACUUGGUCAGAAGAUUCAUCCCGAUAAUAUCUUGUUAUCUGAGGUGAACGACUUUGGGCCUUUCAGGUCCUCUUGUUAAAGAAACUAUUACUUAGGUCAUGUUUAUUGCUUUUUAUUGUCAACUUGUUAAAAAUAAUGUGUAAUUUUCAGUUUUCAAGUAUAGAGCAUGCAAUUUUGCGCUAUUUUGGGGACACACAUUUGUAUCAGGUUUAUCUGUCAUUAAAUGUGUGUCUUUUAAAAUUAGAAAACGUAAAAAAAAACGGAAUAAAAAUCACACAAGUGAUUUUAUAAACUAAAGCCAGAUCAGUUGGAAGUAAAACCAUGAAGUUAAAAAAAAACAACAGUAACACUUAUUUUGUGGGUUAUUAAUACAUCAUAGCUAUUUUUGUUUUCUUCUAUAACAAAAAAACCCUGAUUCUUUGUACAAAUGUCUGAAUACUCACUUUUCCCAUUAGUUUUGGUAUAAAAACAGAUGGUCUGUAGUGCAAAAAUAUAUAUUAAUAGCUAUUUUCAUACUUUGUUAACAAAAAAAACAACACUUUUGCUUGAUCUUAAUAUGAGCCUACCAGAAAUUGUUGUCAACAAGAUAUUCUAAACAAAAUUAAAAAACAUAGCCCCAUACGAAGGUUGAUGCCAUUAGUGGAGCAGUAAUGGUCUAUUAGACCUCUUGUUAUUUAGUAGUUUCUCAACAAUUGAAUCCAAGCUUGUGCUUAGAAAGUUAACUCGGUUUCAAAUAAUGUGAUUUUUGUUGUUGCAGCUUACAGAAUUGUGUUGUUUGCAGCUGUGACAUUUUUGGCCAAAAGCAUUGCUCUUUGACAUUUAGAGGUAUGUCACUGGUUGGCAGGAAAUUACCUUGCCCUCUUUGAUGACACCAAUAACUGUCUCCAAUAGGUUAAAUGGUGUGGAAUGUUUUACAUAACUUUGAUGCAGUGGUUGUCAGACAUUUAUCAAUAAUUUGCUUUUGUUUCAAAACAUGGAAGUAAAUGCUGUUAUGAGUAUUGUUUAUAUAUUGAUUGUUUUAGCAUCACAUUCAUUCAAAGUGCGCAUCACAGAAACAGAUGCAUUUCCAUUUAAAAGUGCACAGUACAUGAGAGCUUUGCAUUUAGGAAUAAGAAUAAAAUGGUCACAGAAACAACCAUUUUUUUUUUUUUUUUAAUUUUGAGAUUAUAUUUGCAAUUUUUCAGACUGAAAGCACCAGUUCCUUUGCUUAAAACAUCUUCAACAAUUAGAAAUAAUAAAUUUUCCUGCUCUCUGUGUCAUAUUGAUUUUUUGUGUGCUAAGUUUUGCUUUAAUAGCACUUUUAUAUAGUAAUUACAUGAAAACACAUGUAUUGACAAUCUUUUUCUAAAAAAAAAUGCUUCAUACAUAAUUGUUUAAACUUGAAUUUCUAUUUGUUUUAUACUCAUACUAAGACUAAUCUUAAAAUUGGAUCCUCCAGCCAACGUUGCACUGAGCACUUCACAAGUAAUGUGUGGAUGCUUGGUUUGUUGGUAGGGGGAUAAUUGAUUUCUUGGUAAGGGGGAUGGUUAAUUUGUUGGUAGGGGGAUGGAUGGUUUGUUGGUAGGGGGUUUGUUGAUUUCUUGGUAAGGGGGAUGGUUUAUUUGUUUGUAGGAGGAUGGUUGGUUUGUUGAUAGGGGGGUUGUUGGUUUAUUGGUUCUGGGGAUGGUUGGUAUGUUGGUAGGGGGGAUGGUUGGUUAGUUGGUAGGGAGGAUAGUUGGUAUGUUGGUAGGGGGGUUGCUUGGUUUGUUGGUAGGGAGGAUGGCUGAUUUGUUGGUAGGGGGGAUGGUUGGUAUGUUGGUAGAGGGAUAUGGUUGAUAUGUUGGUAGGGGGGAUGGUUGGUUUGUUGGUAGGGGGGUUGGUUAGUUGGUUGGGUGGAAGUUUGGUUAGUUGGUAGGGGGGGGGUGGUUGGUUUGUUGGUAGUGGGGAUGGUUGGUUGCACGAAAUUUUUAUGUUCAAAGGAUUUUUGGAGGAAGCAUAUUGAUAAAUGUCUGAUAAAUGGUGUGCAAAGAGCAAUGUACAAUACCACCUGAAUCUGGCAACCAAAAUAGUGUAAUAUCUCUGCAUGUGAAAUAUUGGUAUUAUGUAUAUUGUAUGUUUACCAUGUAAAUUAGUGGUCAUGUAUCAUUCACACCUGUGUAUGAUGUGCAACAUUAAAAGUCAUCUUUGGAGUACAUAAACAUUACAUGACUGCACCUAUAAUUGUAUCUUUUUUCUAUUUGUAUUAAAUGUUAGUUUAUGACGCUAGUUUGCAAUGGGUUAUCUCAAAUGUAUGUAUCGACAUUGAUUUUAAAUUUGCCAAGCUUUUUUUGUCAUCAAUGUUAAGCACUGCAGGUAAGUUUUGUAAAAGAGGGACCGUAUUCAUGUCACUAACAUUUUUAAACCCCCAUUUAUUAAGUGGGGCAUAUAGAUUUGUCAUAGUCGUACCUCCUACUGUUCGUGACAAUUUUCCACCCAUCGGUCACACUUUCUUAUGUCAAAACAAACAGCAGAACGUAUUAGUGCUACAGUAUAGGGACGAAUCUUUUUGAAUAUAUCAACAAGUAUAUUAACAUGCGCUUCUCCUAAUUUUGGACAGGAUAUUUCAGGACAUCGUAACUGAAGUUCUGGUCCCAUUUUGAGCAAUACAUGUCAUUCUGUGUCCUUCAUUGGAAGUCAACAUUAACAUUGUGAUAGGCCAUAUUUAUUUCUAAUCGAAGGCUUUGUCAGAGCAUUUGUCCUAAUCAUGUCUCACCCGAGUUCGAAACAAGGUCUUGUGGGAUCAAAAUGCCUAUGAACAACUAAGAUGCGACAUUAAUUGCACAACUUCAAGAAACUUACUUAGAAUGAUAUGUUUAAUGAUAUAUAAGCUGAAUUUAAAACCUGGUCACAUGUGGUCAUAACCUAGGUCACUAGGUGAAAAUGAACAUAAAUCUUUUGAAACUCUCAGGGCCAAUUUUAUUGUCCAAAAGUCAUUAAUCUUGGUCUGAGAUUUUGGUCUUAUGAGUUUUUCACUGACUGAAAUAUGAUUCCAAACUAAAUAUAUAAGUUUGUGUUGCUGUCAUUGUUGAAGACAUGUCAUGGUGGGUUCCUGAUAAUGUCCGUUGUCUUGAUGUGUUGUGAAUAAACAAUAUUUUGAUUCUUACAUUAUUUUUGUUAUAAUAUUACGUGAAAGACUAAUUUUGUGUGUUUCAUGUAUUAACUUUUAACCAACCGUAUCUUUCUUUUUUCCAUCCCAAACAUAAAUUACGAUGUUGUUGAUAAACAUGUUGUUGAUCAUAUUACAACUUAACAAUUUAACAAUAAAACACUAUUUUAUGUCA